AGACUUCUCUGGACGUCCCUCCUCAGAACCACUGCACAUCUCAAAGAAGUUUCCUGCCACCAUGAUGACCGGGGGCUUGUCUGACCCUAAACCUGCUACUGCAGAGGUCCAGCAUCUUGCUGACCAGGUGAAGCCACAAUUAGAAAGCAGGGAGAACAAGACCUAUCAGACCUUUACAGCCAUAAUAUACCGGACUCAAGUGGUUGCCGGAACCAACUACUUCAUUAAGGUCCAAAUUUCUGAUGAGUACAUCCAUCUAAAAAUAUUUCAAGCCCUUCCUCAUGAGAACCAACAUCCCAGCCUUACCGGUUAUCAGACUGGCAAAACCAGAGAUGAUCCUCUGGUCUACUUCUGAGGGUGCAAGUCACACAUGGAUUCUGCCUUUGACAGUAAAUGCAGGAGAAUAAAAUACACUUGAAAGCUG